AUGUCAGCUGAACAAGAGGAAGYUGUUCGUCCCCUUCGGCAAAUUCCUCCAUGUGUGUGGGGAGAUCAAUUUGCGAACUACGACAAGAAACCAAAGCAAGUGGAGGUUGAACAAAUUGUCAUAGAUUUGAAAGAAGAAGUGAGGAAAGAUAUAUCGGCAGCUUUGGAUGUUCCGACACAGCAUACUAAUUUGUUAAAGCUGAUUGAUGCAAUCCAACGCCUUGGCAUAAGCUAUUACUUCCAAGACGAUAUUGAGAAAGCCUUGCAACAUAUUUACGACACGUACGGCGAUGAUUGGACCGGUGAUAGCGUGUCCAUUUGGUUCAGGCUCUUGCGACAACACGGCUUCUAUGUUUCAUGUGAUAUCUUCGACAGUUAUAAGGACGCAAACGGAUGUUUUAACGAAUCGUUAACCAAUGAUGUUCAAGGCCUGCUUGAGUUGUACGAGGCGUCGUAUAUGAGGGUGCAAGGCGAAGUUGUACUAGAUGAUGCUCUUGCUUUUACAAGAUCUCGUCUUCGCAAUGUAGUCAUUAAGGAUCCUCUUUGCAGCGACUCAACCCGAAUACGAGAGGCCCUAGAGCAACCGAUACUGAAACGAUUGCCGAGACUAGAGGCGUUACGCUACAUUCCUUUCUACCAAGAAGAAGUUUCACAUAACGAGUCCUUACUUAAACUUGCCAAGAUAGGGUUCAACCUGCUUCAAUCACUCCACAAAGAGGAGCUUAGCCAAGUUUCCAAGUGGUGGAAAGGUUUCGAUAUCCCGAACAAGUUAUCGUAUGUAAGAGAUAGAGUGGUGGAAUGCUAUUUUUGGUCAUUGGCCGUCUACUUUGGACCUCAAUACUCUCGAGCUCGAAUUUUCGUAGCUAAAGUGGUUUUGAUGGCAACGAUUCUUGAUGACACUUAUGAUGCUUAUGGUACUUAUGAAGAACUUGAGAUCUUUACUGAAGCGGCUCAAAGGUGGUCGAUUACGUGCUUAGAUAUGCUUCCAGAAUACAUGAAACCGAUAUAUCAAGGACUCCUGGAUAUGUACAAAGAAAUGGAAGAAAUCAUGGAAAUGGAAGGAAAAACGCAUCAUGUUAAGCAUGCCAUAGAGUUUAUGAAAGAGUAUAUUAGAGGCUACAUGAUGGAAGCGAAAUGGGUACACGAGGGGUAUGUACCAACAAUGGAGGAGCACGAAUCAGUUACUCAUGUAACUGCUGGAAAUACCAUGCUUACAGCAGCAUGUUUUCUUGGAAUGGGUGAUAUGGUCACAGAUGAAUCCUUCAAAUGGGUUUACACAAGACCCCCUCUUUGUAAGGAUGCAUGUGCAGUUGCUAGACUCAUGGAUGAUAUCAUCACCCACAAGAAAGAGAAAGAAAGAAAGCAUGUUGCAUCUAGUGUUGAAACUUACAUGAAUCGAUACGAUGUCUCGGAGGAGCAUGCCCGUGAUUUGUUGUACGAAAGAGUUGAAGAUGUGUGGAAAAAUAUUGUGCGCGAGUCGCUCGUAUGCAAAGAUGUUCCGAUGCCUCUAAUAACCUGCGUGAUCAACUUGGCACGGGUGAUAGAUGUUAUCUAUAAAGACAAAGAUCAUUUCACGUAUGUGGGAGAAGUAAUGAAAGGCUAUAUUAGAUCAUUGUUCGUGCAUCCCAUGAGCAUAUGAGUUUUGAUUCAUGUCAUGGCGCAUUUGACAUGUUUCGCCCUUCUUCUGUAAAAAUUUGAUUGUUAUCAAGUUCUUUCUGUUCAAUAAAU